AUGCUGAAGACGUCUGUCUGGGCGUGGGUUGUUCUCCUUGCUGCCCUUGGAGGUAGGGACCCUACCAUGCCUUAUUUUAUUGUGAUAAUCUUCAUCCGUGGAGAUCCGCACUUCACAACCAUUGACGGCAGAGAAUACACAUUUAACGGUCUUGGAGAGUACUGGUUGGUUAAGGCACUGGAGAGUGAAUUUCUCGUCCAAGGCAGGACAAGAAAGGCUGUUGGCUCUGACGGGUUAGAGACAGACGCUACAGUCCUCAGCGCCAUUGCUGCCAAGACGUCUACUUCAUCUUCUGUUCAAGUCAAUCAUGAUGAGGGCGGUGCCAGACUGGAAGUUUUUGAGAAGGCCGGGAUUCCUGCUACGAUGAUGCACCUUCCGAACGACUACAUGGGUCAGACGAAAGGGCUGAUGGGAGUUUGGAAUGGAGACCCGAAUGAUGACUUCACCCGCCCGGAUGGCACAGUCCUCAGUCCCAACGCCACUGAUCAGGAAAUCUACAACUGGGGACUUUUAUGGGAGAUUACCGAGGAGGAGAGCAUCUUCCACUACGGAGACCAGACUUACGCCGACUUCCACAACCAGGACCCGUCCUACGUCCCCAUCUUUGAGCCAACCUUUGAUGACCCUGCACUUGAAGAAGAGGCUCUGCAGGUAUGCGGCGACAACAGAGAAUGCUUGUAUGAUGCCUCCGUUACCAGAAAUGUCACGAUUGGAAAAGGGACCAUGGAGGCCAGAGAUCAAAGCAUCAGGAUCAGUGAAGAGCUUGUGAAUUCUCCUCCGAUCAUCGAAGGCCCUCUCAGCAUUGACGUAACCGUUGGAGAAGUCGUGACUUUCUCCUACACUGCCACCGACCUGGCGGGUGACCCUGUCACUAUAGCCGCGGAAAACCUUCCGCCUGGAGCCACCUUCGAGUUUGACGGCAGCAGGGCAACAGUCACAUGGAAUGUCGCCGACUAUGACGGCCCGGCCAUGAGCUUCAUCGCGACCAACUCCCGCGGUCAGACCACGCUCUACAUCCCACAAGUCAACCUGUGUAAGUGUCAGAACAGCGGUGUGUGUGACUUCGACACUCUGGCUGAGGGGGAGGAUGAAGACGGAGAUCUGCGUGUUGUGGCUUGCAUUUGCCCACCUGCAUACAUAGGUCAGUUCUGCGAAGAUUUUGACGAGUGCGCGGCCGGCACAGACGACUGUGGAGAAAACACGGUGUGUGUGAACGACUUUGGAGGAUAUCACUGUGAGUGCGUGACUGGCUACUAUCCCAAUUCUGAUGACAAGUCGUGCCGAGACUGCCCCGAUGGAUACAGGAGGUACAGGGACGGCUGUUUCCGCUUCUGGGGCGGGAAGAACGCUAAGAGCUACAGUGACGCCAGGCAGGUGUGUCAGCAGGACGGAGGGGACAUCUACAUGUGGAGGGAUGCUGCUGCUGUCGCUAGACUCAAAAUCAAACUGAUCAGCGAUGACUCCCCAAGUCUGUGGAUAGGCCUGAGUGAUGAGGACCUGGAGGGAACCUGGCUGUGGGCUAACGGGAUGGCCUUGGGUGGAAACGACUUUACCGACUGGUUCCCCGACCCGCCCGUCAACGCGGAGGAGAAGGACUGCGCCGUGGCACGGCAGGCGGCCCAGUACCGCUGGAGGGCCGCGCGCUGCAACAAGCCCAAGGCUUUCAUCUGCCACGCCCCGCGUGCUCCGUGAGCAAAUAGCGCAUUGACAUUGUCAA